UUAGAGGCUUGGAAGUCAUACGUUUCUAUUUGGACUAUUGAUAACAAGCUGAUAAUUUGAAUCAGGUUUUUAGGAAAAAAGGAAGCACCCAAAACAUGCAACAUAGAAGAUCUUCAGGACCAGAGAUAUAUUCAUGAAAGUGAGUAAUCAAGCCAUAACCCAAGGACAAAGAAGCUUCAGAAACAGGAAAUCCCAUAAAUAUCAGCUUGAAUCUACCUGUUCAGUUCAGAAGCAGAUGGAAAGUCAGCAGCUAUAAGAAACAUCUCAAUCUACUAGACUUCUCUAUCUACUCUGAACUUUGAGUCUAAUGGAUUCCAGAGCCAGAGUAUCGACUGAUGAGCUGUUUUUUGGAUUUAACGUAGUGGGUGAAAAUAAACAGGGUGUGAACGUGACCGACAAUUCCGUUACUGCUCUGAGAUGCGACCUCACCACUGUCUUCCUCCCACUUGUCUACAUAAUUGUCUACGUUGUCGGGUUACCCACCAACACCAUGGCCAUAUGGGUGUUUCUCUUUAGGAUGAAAAAGAAACAUCCUGCGUCCAUCUUACUGGCCAACCUCGCACUGGCUGACCUGCUUUUCAUCAUUUGGCUCCCACUGAAGAUCCACUACCACUUCAACAACAACAACUGGAUCUUUGGGGAACCGCUGUGUAAAGUUCUAAUGGCGUUUUUUUAUGGGAACAUGUACUGCUCCACUAUCUUCAUAGCGUGCAUCAGUGUUCAGCGCUACUGGGCAGUUGCACAUCCAUUCUCUCAAAAAAUGGACAAACGGUUAACAGUGUGUGUUUCUGUGUGUGUGUGGAUUGUGGUGUGGAUCAUGACCAUCCCUCUCUACCUGUAUGAUCAGACUGUUAAAGUCGAGAACCUCAACAUCACCACCUGCCAUGAUGUUAUACGCCCCAGUCAGUUAAGCUUCCCUGUUGGAUACUUCCUGACCAUGGGCAUUGUGGGAUAUGUAGUUCCCUGUUUGGUGUGUAUAGUAGCAUAUCUGCUGACGUUUCGCUCCCUCAGGAAGUCUGCAACUGAUUCAAGCAGCAGCAAUAGUAAUAAGAAGAAGGCGAUUAUCCUCAUGGUCAUUGUGCUGGUGAUGUUCCUGGUGUGUUUCACUCCCAGUAACAUCAUGCUGAUGGUUCACUACGCUCGAGUGUCUGCAACAAUUCUGAACAAUGGCUACAAAAUCUACAUCAUCACUCUGUGUUUAGGCAGUCUGAACAGCUGUCUGGACCCGUUUGUGUAUUAUUUUAUCUCGGAUGAGUUCAGAGAGCAUGUGAAGAACACGCUGAAGUGUCGUAGCGAACGAUCUGCAAAGCAGAUGAAGGUUUCCUUCAAACCUCUGAAGUUUUCUAAGAAGAGUAGCACUUCAGACUCCAUCCACACUCAGAGCACCACCUACACCUCUGACUCCUCCCACACUCAGAGCAACACCUGCACAUCUGACUCCGCCCUCAACAAGAGUGGAACCUGCUAAGAGCAUUUUUGUUCGUACUUCUCCAUUACUGAUGAGAUGUAACUUGAUAGCCAGCUAGCUGUACUGUAAUAUAUUAUGACAUCCCAUUUUACACUAUAGGCAUUAAUAUGUAGUUGGUACCCCAUCGGCAGCUCUAACAGCAAGUGGUCUGUCAUUUUGUUGCUGUGGUUCCUAAACCUUUCCGCUUCCAAUGAUAUCUCUUACAGGUGUAAGUAAAGUUCUUUAUCAAAAAAAGUGACAAGUAGAAGCUGAAGUGUUAUUUAAGAUCUACAUAUAGUGGAAGUAGUAGAAGUAGAAGUGCUUAAGUAUUCAAGAUGUUUUUACUAGUAUUGCAAGUAGUUUCUUUUAAACUUUUCCACUCAAGUACUGAAAGUAAAAAUACUGUUUAUUGUGUUACAUAGUUAUUACUAUGCCACACAAUUAAAACACAGAAUUCCUUUGACUUUAGCAGCAGUAAAAGCACAGUAAUAUAGAAGAUAGAGUACAUGUACAGUCUUUAAGUAGUUCUCUAAAUAAACUUCCUUAAAAAGAGGCUAGCCACAACUGACAGCAAGCCGUUAAAACAUUUAACCAAUUCUGCAUAAAAAGGCACAAGAUGGUCUAAAGCUAAAGCUGUCAAAGGGUAAUACAAGAGUUUUGUAUGUAAAACAAGUAAUUAGAGCACCUUAACUGAACUUAACUCUUUGUUAUCUAUCAGAAAUCUGGUGACAGUGCCAUCUGUCUCUUUGGCACUGAUGAUGUGGAUUUGGAAUGAUUCGUAAUAUUUAUAUAAUUGUAACGAGUAACAAUGCAGUUAUUUUUGCCCUGGAUUAUAAGGUGCACUAUGAAUAAAUUUUUUGUUCUAUAUUUAUACAUAAAACGCACUGGAUUAUAAGGCGCGUUAUGCGACCCUAGUAAGAAACAGGGGUGUCACCAUGUUUUCCUUCUAAUUUAGCAGAUCUAGAUGCUGAGUGGUGAGACCUGUAAAGCUAAGCUAAACUAAGUAAACAAAACUGUCAUUCUUCCGUUUAUUUACAGUAAGCUUAAAUUUCCAUAUUUCUACUAAGGCUGGGUGUACUAACAUUAGCAUCAGCAGCUUACUGUUAGUACUAGCCACAGUUAGCGGCUAAGGCCGCCCGAAAGCACUACGCUGAGGAACCUUGAGUGUUCUGGUAGGACAGGGCGAUAUUAGCUAGCGUUUUGUCCCACGUAGCUUGUUUUAUUUUUUUUAUUUAUUUUUUUUAUUCUUUAUUUAACCAGCCAAGUCAUUAAGAACACCUUCUUAUUUACAACUUAUUUUUCACGGUAAACAUGCAGACUACUGUGCGGUUAGCGGCUAAUGCUAAUGCAACUCCAGCAGUUCCAGCCGGGGUUAGCAGAGAGCUGACCUCUGAAUGGCGAAAGAGCUAGUGCUUAGCGGCUAAUGCUAAUGCGGCUCCAGUCUCGGUGCUGGAGAACUAAAUUGAAACUCCUGUAUAACGCUGCACUUCAGUGGAGUGGCUUUACUGCUACUUUUACUUGACAGGUAAAAUUCAUACAUAUGGUGCACCCGAUUAAAAGGCACACUGGAAAAAAAUUAUAGGAUUUUAAGUGUGCCUUAUAGUGCGGAAAAUACAGUACAUAAAAAUGUUACAGAGUAAAAGUAUUUAUCUUAUCAAGUUUAAUAUGUAGUGAAACAAAAGUGGAAGUAGGAAAAAAAUACUGCAGUAGAUAAAGAUAUAACAUUUUAGUAUUUAACUACAGUGGUGAAGUAACGUUAGUUCUAAUUCAUUACUACUAUACAUCUCUGCUCACAGCUGAUGGCGGAACAUAAGAAAGAGAUAAGAAAUUUCACCAACUAAUUUGUUGUAGCAGUGCCAUCCUAUCACAGUACCAGGAGUUCAGUUUACAACUUCACAUUAUUCACCUAAUGUUAGUAAAGGCACACUGCAUGGAAAGGUGCUUGAAUUUACUGUUUUAAUGGAACUGAACGAACCAACUGAAUUUAAUGAUUACCUACCUGUAAUAGGUGUGUCCUAAUACUGUUGGCCAUAUAGUGUACAUUUAUAUCAUAACUACAUUGUAAAUUAAAUAUCCAUUAAUUACAUUUGCGCCAAAAACAGUAGUACAUUAUUUGUUUUACUUUAGUUAUUAAUACCUUAUAUCUUAGAUACAGAUGUAAGGCUUCAGGGCUUAUAUAUAUGAAUUAUCUUUGUUCUGACACCUCUUUAAACUUUAUUGAGAUUGUAUUACCAUUGUCUCUUCUUUUUUGUAUAGACUAACAAGUUUUCAGACAGACAGCUGUUUCUUUGAGAAUGUUUACUGCUUUAGAUGUUUUAUUGUAUAUUUUAUGUUUUAGAACAUGUUAUUUGAUGUAUAUAUUUUAGUUAUUAUUUAUAUUUUUAGAUCAUAGCCCAUAUUAAAUCAGAACGCUUUGUGUUAUUUGUGGUUAUGGUGAAUAAACCAGUUCUAUUGGCACUCAUUGUAAUGUAUUUAUUCACAUGUGUUCACAUAUAUCUUCAUUGUUCAGUUUAAUUGGACCCAAACUUUGUUAAUUACUGGUUUACAUUUGUUUAGGUAAGUUAAUGAAGGAAUUUGCAACAAACGUGGACAUUAAAAUCAGUCGCUAAAGCUAAUUCCCAAAUGAAAUGUAUUUAACAAUGUAAUGUUAUGUAACUAUGGCUUCCAUUAAAAUGUAAUGCAAAUUAAAUCCAGUCCAAUCCAGUACCAUGAAUUAAAUUGUCAUCAGAUCUGACUUGAAAAGACCAGAUUUGCAUGUUCUUUCAGAUAAAAAAAAGUCCCUGGAUCACAAUUGAGGGAGAACUGUGGUAUUAAAAAAGAAAUAAACCAGGCACCAACUACCAAAAAGAACUGUCCCUAAAUAGAAUUGCUAGAAUUGUUGUAAACAGUUACUGUAUCCUGUUUCAUGGUACUGAGGAUAAAUAAGGGUGAGUAACAGGAGUAAGGGCUGUAGUGUUGAUAAAGUCUAAGGUAUGCUGUUGAGAAAUUGGACCUCGAGGGUGUGUCUCUAAAUGAAAGGCUGCAGGCAACACUGCCCUCCCUCCCCCAGUAGACAGACACAAGUAUGUCCUUACGUAAAGUGCAAACUAACUAAAUGUUCAAAUGUGAACAUAGUCAUUCAGAGACUGUUUGUUGUAAAGCUCUCCAUUCUAUAGAAACAUACUUAAUCAGAGUUGGGUACAGUAGUGGUAGACGGAAUGCCUAAAGCUCUGAAAGCUCUCUUACAGAAAACUUUUUAUGUCAAAUAUGUCUAAAAUGUCUUUUUGAAUUUUUUGUUAAUGCUGAAGAAACAAA